GUCCUCCUUGAACACCAUCGGCGUGUCCAGCUUACUACCAUUUCACUGACUACGCAUGAAACGUGCAUGUCGCCGAGCAGGGGACCUGCCGCAGUUGUCGUGCGGUUGGUGGAGGUGGUGAGUAAAGGGGGGGGGAGAGAGGCGGUCGUUUCCCAGCCCCCUCCUCACGUUACCCGGCCCCUGAAGAGUCACACAGGCGGAAGUGUGUGUUCACUUCUCUCAGGAUUAAAGGGAUCUUGGCCAGUUUCAACAGCACGCGUAAGUGCAUGCUGUUUAUGUAAGUAAAAGACAAAAAAGAAAAAGGAGUAACAUUUAAAAAAUGGAAAGAUACGAAACUUUUUUGAUCGAUGGGAUAAUUCCGUAGCAAUCUGUUGCGACGCAUUGUUCCUCCAAAGGGUUUGGUGAAAGAAAGAAAGAAAGGAGCGAGCGAACGAACCAAUGGGAAAACCUAAGCGCAGAGGGAUUUCUCCGUUUUUCGAAGAAGGAAGGAGCUGCUCGGUAAAUUACAUGUUUGUUUCCCGUCCUGUCUUGCAGUGAAUGAGGGGACUCGGCGGAGGAGCUGCGGUUUGAAAAAGGAGUCAACAGGGGGGAAAGAAAGAAAGAGAGAGGAAAAAAAAGAGGUGGGACGUUUAUAAACAGAAAAUCGAUCCCCAAGAACGGCGUGUGCAUGAUCACAUUACGUCCGAUCAAAUGCUUUAAUGAAUUGUUUAAUUGCUCUUGAGUCGACCUCGCCGUCGCUACUGCAGCUGUCUCUUUAUUGGACUUGCUGAGAACGGGACCCGAUGGUGGAUUAAACUGAAACCUGCUGUAUUUCAUCCAGGAAAACUAAUAGCAACAACAAGAAAUACAAAAGAGAAGAGAACGGACCCUGAAUGAGAAGCUCUUUCGUCGUCAUGCGGUGGUGGGGGAGGAUCGGAGUUGGAACCUCGCAUCUGAUUUCUUGCUUCACAAAAUGUUACCGCGGUAUCCAGCGUAAUUGUAUGAGAGCAGUCGCAUAAGCAGCGACAUGAUCGUAUCUGUGACUGAGAGAUAGGUUUGCACUUUUUUUUAUUUUCCCCCCUCUACCUUCACCCUUUUAAAUACGAGUUUUGAAAAGAAAAAGAAAAAUCAAAGGGACUCCUACCUCAACCUGAGCACAGAACUAAAACGCUUUAACCGGCAAGGGGGAAAAAAAAAGGAAAUCAUUAUUAGUUGUGUAAUCACGCGAUUUCAAUUGAUUUUUUAAAAAUUGUUCUCAUUCAGUAUUCUUUAAUGAGCCUUUUUUCAUUUACUGCAGUGAUUGUUGCUGCUGUUUAUGUCGAUAUUCUGCAAAAGAAGGCAUAGGCCCGUUUUGUCAAUGUUUUAAAAACGCACUAGAAAUCCAGUUGCCGUCUUUAAAUGCACACACACCCAUACUUAUAAUUUAUAUCUACAGGCCUGUCUCAAUGUAACGAUUUUUCUUUUUUCAUAUGUUACCCCCUCCCCACCCUUUCCAUUUGGAUUAGUUGCGUUGCAAAUGGCUUCAUUCCCCGAUUCCGAUCUGCAGACAUGCCCCCUCUGCAAGGAGAUUUGCGGAUCUUCGGCUCCGAUCUCUUCCAGCUCAUCUACCUCAUCGUCUUCAUCUCAGACCUCCAUCUCCUCUACCUCGUCCACCCGCCGGCUGCACGUCCUGCCUUGUCUUCAUGCCUUCUGCAGGCAGUGCCUGGAAGGGCAACGCAGCCCCGGAGACCCAUUGAAACUUCGCUGUCCAACGUGUGACCAGAAGGUCUCCAUCUCCGAAUCUGGGGUGGAGUCUCUUCCAUCGUCCAAUUUUCUAUUUAGCAACCUUUUAGAUGUGGUUGUGUCUUCGGAGGAACAGAAUAAAAAUAACUGCAGGAGCAACAACCACUCCCAUGGGCUGCAUCGACCACACCACCAAGGGGAGCCCCAGUGCAGCUCCUGCGAUGAAGGUAAUCCAGCUACCUCACACUGCCUGGACUGCCAGGAAUACCUCUGUGACAACUGUGUGCGGGCCCAUCAACGUGUCCGCCUGACCAAAGACCACUUUAUUGAGAGGUUUAUGGAGAGCCUACACCUAACUAGUCGGACCAAUAACUCCAGCACUCCUGUCAACAUCACCCAGACCUUUCACUCAAACUACCCUCUGCUUCCAGUUUUCCAGGAUCGCAUGAACUUCUGCCAGCAACACGAGAACGAGGUGUUUCGCUUCUUCUGUGACACAUGCUCUGUGCCUAUCUGCCGAGAGUGUAGCAUUGGAAGACACGUGGGGCAUAGCUUUAUCUACCUGCAAGAUGCCGUCCAAGACUCCAGGGCCAUUACUAUACAGCUACUGGCAGAUGCACAGCAGGGGCGCCAAGCAAUUCAGUUGAGCAUCGAAAAGGCCCAAGCUAUUGCUGAACAAGUUGAGAUCAAGGCACAACUAGUACAAACUGAAGUGAAAGCUGUCACAUCAAGACAUAAGAAGGCUCUGGAAGAACGUGAGUGUGAACUCCUGUGGAAGGUGGAGAAGAUACGCCAGGUUAAAGCCAAGUCACUCUAUCUACAAGUAGAGAAGCUUCAUCAAAACCUCAACAAACUGGACAGUACUAUCAGUGCUGUUCAACAAGUCCUAGAGGAAGGAAGAAAUAUGGAUAUUUUAAUAGCCCGAGAGCGCAUGUUGGCUCAAAUCCAGGAGCUUAAGGCUUUGCGUGGUAUUUUACAACCUCAGGAGGAUGACCGCAUCAUGUUUACUCCUCCGGAUCAGGCACUUUUCAUUGCUAUUAAAUCCAUGGGACUUAUUAGCAGUGGUGCUUUUGCUCCGGUUACUAAAGCAGCUGGAGAAGGUCUGAAACGGGUACUGCAGGGAAAAGUGGCAACAUUUACGGUGAUAGGGUACGAUCAUGAUGGCGAGCCUAGGCUUUCUGGUGGGGAUGUGAUUUCUGUUGUGGCAAUUGGACCUGAUGGAAAUUUGUUUGGGGCUGAAGUCACUGAUCAUCAAAAUGGCACAUAUACGGUUAGCUACUUGCCAAAGCUUGAAGGUGAACAUCUUAUUUCUGUGCUUAUUUGCAACCAGCACAUUGAAGGAAGUCCUUUCAAGGUGCUUGUGAAGUCUGGACGAAGUUAUGGGGGAGUGGGUCUACCAGUGGCCUCUUUUGGAGGAGAAGGGGAUGGGGAUGGUAAACUCUGUCGGCCCUGGGGCAUCUGUGUUGACAAAGAAGGUUACAUCAUAGUAGCUGACCGUAGUAACAACCGCAUCCAGAUCUUUAAGCCAUGUGGUACAUUCCACCACAAGUUUGGGACCCUAGGCUCUAGACCUGGCCAGUUUGAUCGGCCAGCUGGUGUUGCUUGUGACAGUCAGAGAAGAAUCAUUGUGGCAGAUAAGGACAAUCAUCGUAUUCAGAUUUUCACUUUUGAAGGGCAGUUCCUGUUAAAAUUUGGGGAGAAGGGAACGAAGAAUGGACAGUUCAAUUACCCUUGGGAUGUUGCAGUAAAUGCAGAAGGCAAGAUCUUGGUAUCCGACACCCGUAACCACCGAAUCCAGCUGUUUGGGCCUGAUGGGUCUUUCUUAAAUAAAUAUGGCUUUGAAGGGGCACUGUGGAAACAUUUUGACUCUCCUCGCGGGGUAGCUUUCAACCACGAGGGCCACCUUGUCGUGACAGACUUCAACAAUCAUCGGCUGCUUGUCAUCAGGCCUGAUUGUCAGUCGGCUCGCUUUCUGGGCUCUGAGGGUACAGGCAAUGGGCAGUUCCUGAGGCCACAAGGGGUGGCAGUGGACCAGGAGGGCCGUAUUGUGGUGGCUGAUUCACGUAACCAUAGAGUACAGGUCUUUGAGCCCAAUGGCAAUUUCUUAUGCAAGUUUGGCACUCAGGGUAAUGGCUUUGGGCAGAUGGACCGUCCAUCGGGUAUAGCCAUUACACCUGAUGGAAUGAUUGUAGUCGUCGACUUUGGAAACAAUCGAAUUCUAGUAUUCUGAAAGCAUUGUCUCUAAUGUAGAAGGAGCGGUGAGAAGAGAAUCAAAAGAGAUUUUAAGAUACACCACGCAAGCCAGUCCCUUUUUGAUAAAGGGGCAAUUACAAGAACAGUAAGUAAGGUUUCAUUAAGCACAGGAAUCUAAACUGCUGCGUGCGUUUUUAAGCAGCUCUAGACCUUGGUCCCAGUGUUGAAAUUGUUUGGAAUAUAUUACUUACUCUAUAGCAGUAUUCUCAUGCCACAAGCUUUAUUUAGGAAAACAUUUUUAUUCAAGGCCUUCUUUGUUUCUUCCACCGUUUGUUUUCCUUUGUUAGAGCUGCUAUCUUUACUCCGCAUACAGGAUCAGUGAAUACACAAUAAUUUGGCCUUCACUGUCUGUGCCUCUUGAAUGUGUUCCUUUUAACUGGCACGUCUGGAAAGCCAGCAUGACUGUUGAAACCUUUUCCAAAUUGUGCUCCCAGAAAGCCUGCGUGGAUGAUCCCUCCAUGUGUAUCUUGAAUUCCCUUUUAGCUGAUCAUCUCAGGGAAUAUGUUGCGUUCUUUCUUGAAAUAUUUACACUCUGCAUCAUAUCUACCUCAUCUUGUUGUUCAUAUAUGAAUGUAUUUGUGUUUGUUGUGCAGAGAUUUAGUCCGUGAAGUUUUAUAAAAAAAAAAAAAAAAAAAAAAUUUCUACCUCAACCCUUUAUUUUAAUUUAAAAUGGAGAGAGAGAAAGGAGGAACAAGUGCAGUUUAUAUUUGCACAGCUCGCACAAAUUUUCUAUGUUACUGUGCACAAUAAGCAAUUUAAAAUACUGAAUGUUGCUGCGACAAUGUUCAGGUACUGAGGCUACAUGUUUAUUAUAGCAUGUGUGGAUAUAUUUUGAUGAAAUCUACUGUUUGGGUUUGUUUUAUUUUAUUUGUUUUGUCUGUCUAAUAACCAAAUAGAUGUUGACUACCGAAGCCAGUAGCUGCCUACUUUAACAAAGUGGGACUUGUGUUGGAGUGAUUAUACGUUGACAUUAUUAUUAAGAGCAUGCAGAUUUACUGCUUGGAAGCCUGAAACAUUGAAACAAAUGUAAUGUUAAAAAUGACAUAUCCUCUCCCCAGUCUUAAAACAAAGAAAAAAAAAAGACAUUUUGAGUGUAUGGGAAUGAGAAUAAUAACCCUUUGUCAAUACUGAGAAAUGUAUUUAUCUGUUGCUUUAAAAUAUGAACCUUCUCUUCAAAUCCAGCACCAUCUUUUGAAAAAUGAUUCAGUAUGUGCAAGAUUGAGGGCUGUUUUGUUUUUAUUUUUUUUCCCAUUGGGUGGGCAGUGUGCAGUCAUCAUUAUCAAUACAGUACUUACAGUCUCAACCACCUCUUCCUCCUUACCUUUCUCUCGGAAUUCAAAUACUAAUGUAAAAAUGCAAAAUACAAAUUUACUUACUCGUCCAAAACUGCCAAAACAUCUGUUUUUUCAAGACGAUCACGUUGGGUGUAAUUUAUAAUGUGACGGUUUUUAGAAUUAUCAGCCUUAGCAUCUGCCAAAAAUGAAAUUGGAAAUAGCGACAGGGUUGUAAGAUAUGAAGAAAUUACAUCUACAAAAGAAGUCUAUCUGAAACAAAAAAACAUUUAAGUGAAAGUCAUAUAUAUAUAUAUACCCUGUUAAAUUUAAUUAAAUUGAAUGGAAAAUUACAUAAAGCACUCUAUUUGUUACACGUAAAUUUAGGAUAAAAUCCAAAUAUUGACAAAAAAAUUGAGAGUUGGUUUCUUUAGAUCGCUCUCCUUCUUCAUCUAAAUAUUUAAAGGCUGCUCAUGCUGCUAGACCCAGUCUUCUAAAGAUGCAGGUCUGAGUUUUAGGCCAGAAGUGAACAGAUGAUUACAGCACAACAUACCCCUUGCUUGGCACAUUUUGUUUUGUUUUGUUUUGUUUUGGGAGAAAAUGUGGUGUAAAAUUUUUAAUUUUUUUUAAGAAAGUAUAACAUUUUUAAAGGCUUACAAAGGCUUAUAUACAAUUAAGGACCUACAGUGCUAAGCACAUUUGUGGGCCAGUGGUAAAAUUUUUAAAAUAUUUACCGGUAAAUUUUUGAGCACUCUUAAUUCCUAAUGCUAUUAGCAGAGCAGAUUACAUAAUUGAUUGGUUUUGGGCUUUAUGAAUCGACACACUCGGUGAUUGAUGUCGUCUUUGGUUGGAAUCCGUAGGUGGCUGGCUGCGCCCUCCCAGCUCUUCUCUUCCACUGAUGUACUUUUACACAGUUUCAUAGCACACUUUCACUUGGAUUACCAAAACGUUUUAUUUUUCUGUUAGCACAAGCUGCAGUAACGUGGAUAACAAAUAUGAAAUAUCACUGUUUGGAUGUACUGUAUAUUCUAAAACAGUAUUUGUGCUUUACAAGCUUAUAAAGAUUUCCUUAAAGCAAUUUCCUUAUUCACUUUGUUUGAAAACCUAAGCACCAAGAGUAGUUUCAUUUGAAGUCAGAAAUAUUAAGUCAUCAAAUCGGUUUGUUUUGUGUUUUAUAUUUUUAUUUAAUUUUUUUGAAAAAUGUAAUGCACAGGUUUUUGUGUGUGAUAAAGCGUAUAUUGCUUUAAAGUAUAGGUGUCAAAAGUUAAAACAGAUCCGCUAAAAUGAAAAACACCCUUUUUUCCUGUAAGAUCCUUAAAAGGGGCUGCAGGAACCUCUGUGUAUAAACAUCUGUCACAAUUAGUAUACGUGAAUUGAAAUCAUUUUGAUUCUGCUGCAUUUGGAGUUGCUUCCCAAAGAAUCUGUGUAAAAUGUAUUGACCAAGUUUUUAACUUUAUUCUUAAAAUGUCACCCAAUGAUUUAAACCAAUAGGGACAUUUGGUAUCAGAUGCUGAAACUAUAGCAGCAGCUUGUCUGUCUGUCUGUUUUCUGUGACAGGAGAUGAGUGAAAGUAUUUUUCUUUCAUUAUAUGCACACACACACACACACACAACACUGUUGUUUCCAUGUUUAUUUUCAAAGAUGUUUCCAGUCUUUUCCAGGGAGUUUUUAUAUUUCUGAUAUUGAGAAGUAAUGACACUUGAUCUCUUCAUCGUUGGUCUGAUGUAGAGUAGAAAUAUGGCCCACAGAAUGCAGUGGGUCUGUUGAAUUGACAGAUUUUUUAGCAAUGUCACUUAAUUACCAAAAACUAGACUUUCCCCUCAAGAUAUUCUAUGGAAAGUCAUGCAAUGUAAGAAAGUUUGAAAGAGCAGAGAGUUGAGCUUAGACGUCAUGUCUCUUUAAAUUUUUUUUUUUGGUCCAGUUUAGCCUUUUUGUCUGACUGCAUUUUUGAUGUUUACAAUAUUAAUAUUGGCUAAUCUGAUUACUGUUUGAUCGACUGGUUGUAUGUUAUGUGCAGAGAUCAUCAUGGCCCUCACUUGUUACACGGUUUAUCUGUUGGCUUUCUUCAGGUCAUGUGGAAGGCAGCAGUAAACUUCCAAAGCUGCAAAAAUCCAAUGAUUAAGUAGUUUUAGCCUAACCUUUUUAUUCAUUAUAUUGUAUGUUUUUAAUUAUUAUGAUUGCUUUGUUCUUCAUUUGCUGCUAUUGUAGCAGCUAAGCAGGUCUCUUUUCCACCUGAAUGCUCAUUACGAUGACCUCUCCUGCAAUGUGCAGAUGUUUGCAGUUCCUUUGUUUGUUACUCACACACACAUGCAAAGCCUUUGAUCAAAAAGCAGUUUGUCCCAAAUCUAGACAAAGCAAAUCACUAAAAUCAGUUCAUGUUUUCGUUGCAUUUGUAUUGGCUACCGUAUUAGGAACUAGGACAUUUGGACUGUGCCUUUUUAUAUACACAUAACAAAACUGGUGAAUGCAAAGUCACACAUGCUCUCUGUUUCUGUCUUUCACUUAGAAGAGGAUAGAGAAGGGUGUACUAAUGCCCGUACAGUAUAUGUUAGAAAUACAUGUGGCAGGAGAUCACGUUGGCUCCCACAACCACUGAAGUGGACGGAGCAGAUUUCAGAACGUUAGGUCACACAAACAGGGGUCUAGACUUGUACACGAUGGUCAUCACUUGUCAGGUCUGUUUGUGUGUAUAUAUAAUAUUCACGUACUUGUACGCACACACAAAUCAAUGCAUCUUGGAUGUCGGUGUUUUAUAAAAUGCAUCACAGUUGGUUUAAUUAAUGUGCCAAACCUAAAUGGAUAGAGGUCAGGGUGCCAAAUAUAAUGGCAAGUAUUGAAGCCACGCGACUCUCUUUUUUUGGAAUCAUUUUUUCCUCGUUUUUGCCAUGUUUUAGGGUAGUUUUGUUGGAACUUGCAAGAUCCUGAUACAAGAGUGAUGGGGGCGGAAAAAAAAAAAAAAAAAUCUGUUUACCGUUUCAGGACAUUCUCAUUCUACCUCAUUCUAAAAUAUUUUCAUUCCAAUGCAAUGGCCGUUUUUACCUCACUCCCCGUGAUGACUCCCCAAAACUCCUGCUGCUGUGUCGGAGCCUUGCAACAACCAAAUCGAUUACACUUGAAAUACCUCUACCAAAAACGUAGUGGGCUCUCAGACUACAUACACUGAUACACGUGUGCAUUUCAGUAUUAUCGAAAAUAUCACAAUGUUCAUACAUUAUUAUUAUUAUUUUAUUUUUUUUAAGUGUCAGAGCUCUAUCUCUUUAAGACCUUUAGGUCUCUACUCUAUAAGAGAAAAAAAUGUGCAUGCUUUCAUAGGAAAGAAGUGUUGGAGAGACUGAUAUAUUUAAAAUAAAAAUUAUGCUUUACCAAAAUGUUUGUCUAGUGGGAUGUGGUGUAGAUAGCUUUGACUUUGAGAUUGUAUUUUUUUCCCCGUUUUUUCUUUUCCCAAUCAAGGUUUUUCUGUUACAAGCUCGUUUGAAAUGUUUACUUACCAGGUUUACACUUUAUGGGUUUAUUUGUAUUCCAGGAGACCUGCCAGUAGUGUCGUCACACACUUUUGAAUGUGUUUUGGUUGCAUUUCAAGUACACUUGGUGUGUAUUGUGCUCGUAUCAACUGUGCAGAUCUUCAGGACUCGCUCUUUACUUAGCUGCUUGUUAGCCAAAGUGAAUGAAUGAAUGUCAGGUUGGACCAAAGAUUGAAAUCCCCUGAUCCCUGAAUCAGAACGAAUUAAUUGUUUGUUUUUCCCUUUUCCUUUAUGUAUUAAUAAAUGAAUGUAUUAGCUUGUAACAGAUUUUUGUCAUAAACUGAUUACUAGCAAAUUAGGAGCAUUGGUGAUGGAGUCUCAGUUUGCGUUGAUCUUUUAUUUUUGGUUUUUUUCCUCCUAACCCCCCCCCCCCCUAAGGCUGUUGUUGUAGGGGGUUUACUAGCCGGGUGGGCUUAUUACUCCAUCUAAUGCUUUUUGUUUUUCCUUCAUGGUAUUAAAAAUAGCAAUGUGUACUGGUUAUUAAGUGCAUGGUCUUAGACCUAUUUUAAUGAUUGUAAAAUCUUACAGAAACUCAGGUAGAUUUUGUCUGAACUCUUCCUCCGUGGCGCAGUUCAGGGUUAAUGUUUUGUGUCUUGUAGUGACUUAGCAUUUUUGUUAAAACCUCAGACUUAGGUUCUGACAGGUGCAUAUAAACUUCUUGACCCGUGUACGAGAACUUUGUUGCUUUAUAAAAUUUUGUGAUCUUUCUUUUUUUUUUUUUUUUUUUUAAUUAGUUAAAAUUUGACACAAACAUAAUUAAGUUGAAUUGAAGGUUUUGUGAUAAACCUGUGGAUUUUGUUUUUUUUUUUUUUUUAACUGGACAAAGGGGUGCAUUAGGGGCCCCGGUAAUUUAUGCACGCCAAGCGGCAGUUAAAGGAGGAAAUGUGGGAGCUUCCUGUUCCAGUCUAUCCCCAUUCCAAGUUGGCACAGUGUUACCCAGAAGGAAAGCCAUAUUCUUUAUUCAGCUUCUCGUAAUAACACAUCAUUGCAGUUCCUUUUCUCUCCAGGUACUUUCUGGUGUGCGAGUACAUUAACAUCUUUCCAAAUAGUGCGGAUGCUGAAGAUUAACUGAUAUUUGUUUUACCAGCUGCACCCCGGCACACACGUGUGUCUGCUUUUUCAUCCUUAAAUGGGCACCAUUGACCCAUACAUUUAAUGGGAAUAGAAAAUCCUAUAUAGACAUUUCAUUUAUGCUGCUGGUGAGCAAUUGAAGUGACCACGAAACAUUCUGCUGCACUCUCCAGCCUUGGCUCGAUUGCCGAGUUACUCAUUGUUUUAAAACAGUGGAGUGGCCAAUGUGGCUUUACUAAUUGGCAUUUGACAGAACGCUUCCAGGUUUCCUCCUUUGUAUUAGAAUAAAAGACACUUCACUGAAUGUAUUUUCAUCACAGUCCAUGAAGAAAGGCUGUCCUGUGUAACUACGGUGGCCCUCUUUAGAUGGAUACCCGAAAAGGUAUGGAGAGCGUGUGACCGCGGUGUGUCAUGUUGUCCGUCUAAAUUCGGCUAAGGGGUUGAUAUUUUGGUUGCCAACAGCCUUUAAACAGACUUUGUUGGCUUUAUGGACUUUAAACAUUUCCUAUGCAGUUUUUUGAUUUUUAUUUUUUGUUUACAUUUAAAUAAAAACUUGUAUUUCUUUGAGAAAGGACUGAUGCUAUUUAUUUUUGUCGUUCAUUAUUUCUGUCUACAUUUUCAGUGGGUUA